CGAAAUGUGAUCUUAUUUUGUAAGACUAACUAUCUUCCAUAUAUUUAUAUAUAGACGUCCAAAUGUCACACCUCAUUUAAGGAAAGACUACAAAACAGUACCCAUGUUUUCUUCUCUAAUAUCACCUGCCAUUUUUCUCCUCAUCAAUCUUCUUCUAUUCAGUACUUCACCAUGCCUUUCUUCUCCAACAAUCCCAAUGAAUUCUUACAAGUACUCUAACUGGGAGAAAUUCGAAACAUUCCUUGAUGCAAGAAGAGGAAGCAAUGUAACUCAAAUGUCCGAGCUGAAGAAGUAUUUCCAUCGUUUCGGCUAUCUAAUAAAACCUCAAGAAAACCAAAACUUCUCCGAUGUGUUUGAUGCGAAAUUCGAACAUGCCGUAAUCAGAUAUCAAGCCAGAUUAGGCCUUCCAAUUACAGGUACCCUAAACAACCAAACACUUGUCCAAAUCAUGUCUCCAAGAUGCGGAGUAAGAGAUCGUCAUCAUCAUCACAAUCCAAAACCAAAAAGUCGGUUCCAUGCAACGAGAAAAUUCGCGUAUUUUCAAGAUCAACCCAGAUGGAAUCGCGGGGUACCAAUGACUUUGACAUAUUCGUUUUCUCCUGUCGAUAUGAUCACUUCCUUAAGCAUGACAAACAUAAGGGACGCAUUUAAACGUGCAUUUGGGCAUUGGGAAUCAGUCAUCCCGGUAACAUUCAUUGAAAGCGAUGAUUACGGAUUCGCGGAUAUAAAGAUAGGGUUUUAUAACGGCGAUCACGGCGACGGAGAAGCUUUCGACGGGGUUUUAGGGGUGUUGGCCCAUGCAUUUUCGCCGGAAAGUGGAAGGUUUCAUCUUGAUGCGGCGGAGACAUGGGCGGUGGAUUUCGAGAGCGAGAAAUCCAAGGUCGCGAUAGAUUUGGAAUCGGUGGCGACUCAUGAGAUCGGGCAUUUGUUGGGUUUAGCUCAUUCGUCUGUGAAGGAAUCUGUCAUGUAUCCAAGCUUGAAGCCUAGAGAAAAGAAGGUGGAUUUGAAGCUUGAUGAUGUUAGGGGUAUUCAAGCACUUUAUGGUACUAAUCCUAAUUUUACGGUUGGAGGUUUUUUAGAAUCCGAGAUUUAUUCUAAUGAUGCAGGUGCAUUUCAUUUGAGAACUCUUAUUUUGUUUUCAACAUUUUUUGCUUUGAUGAUUGGAGUGAUCUUAUAGCUGCUGGCUUUCUGUGAUUAAGGGAUGUAUUAUAUAUCAUUAUGUGUAUAUAUAUCAUCUUAGGUGCAUGUUUAAUUUGUUGACUUGAAACUCAUAAUCUCAAAGAGUUAUGGGCUUUUUGAAAUACACGUUUUCUUCGCUAUGAAGCACCU